AUGGAAGUCACAGUGAUACUAGUAUUGACUGUAAGAAUACUUGUUUGCAAAACUGUGACUGCCUUGGAUUCGACUUUCUGUUUGACAAUCAGACUGGAUGCCGAUUUUGGAGUGUGGACUGUGAAUUCAUUGAAGACCGCACUCAACCUGAAUAUUAUUGGUUACUCCCUAGGUGCAACGCAUAAAUGGAUUUGGAUUGGGGUUGCUAUUAGUGCUGCUCUAGUGGUAAUGGCCUUUUCCAUCUUGUGCUAUCUACGAAGAAGAGGAGGAAAAUCUAAACUUUCAGGUGAGGGUGAGAUCGACCAGAAUCAAUUUCUCAACGUCAGGAACUCUAGGAGGCCUACUGAUUUGAAUGGACUUCAAAAUGAUGGAAAGAUGGGACAUGAUUUGAGCGUAUUUAGCUAUGCAUCUGUAAUGGCUGCCACAAUCAACUUCGCUGAAGAAAACAAGCUUGGAGAAGGGGGCUUUGGACCUGUUUAUAGGGGAAAAUUGGCAACGGGACAAGAAGUAGCUGUGAAGAGGCUUUCAAAAUGUUCAGGGCAAGGAACAUUAGAGUUUAAGAAUGAAUUGAUCCUCAUACAUGAACUUCAACAUACAAACCUUGUCCAGCUUUUUGGAUUUUGCAUUCACGGUGAAGAGAGGAUGUUGAUAUAUGAGUACAUGCCAAACAAAAGUCUGGACUACUUUUUAUUUAAUUCAAUCAGAGGUAUUUUUCUAGACUGGAGCCAGCGUUUCAGCAUAAUUGAAGGAAUCACUCAAGGAUUGAUUUAUUUGCACAAAUUCUCAAGAACAAGAGUAAUUCAUAGAGAUCUAAAAGCUAGUAAUGUACUACUUGAUGAAAAUAUGAACCCAAAAAUUUCAGAUUUUGGUAUGGCAAGGAUUUUCUCCAUUAAUGACCUGGAAGCAAAUACUAGUAGGAUUGUUGGGACACGUGGUUACAUGCCUCCUGAGUAUGCAAUGGAAGGAAUUUUCUCUACAAAAUCUGAUGUCUACAGUUUUGGAGUGUUAGUGCUUGAAAUCAUAAGUGGUAGGAGAAAUAAUAGCUUCUACAAUGAUGAUCGAGCCAUCAAUUUAGUAGGAUAUGCAUGGGAGUUGUGGAAAGAAGGCACAGGGCUACAACUAAUGGAUCCAAAAUUAGCUGAUUCGUGUACUAACAAGGAUCAACUGUUAAGAUGCGUUCAAGUUGGUCUUCUAUGCGUGGAGGAUAGUGCAGCGAAUCGACCUACCAUGUCAGAUGUGCUCUCCGCGUUGACAAAUGAAAGCUCACGAUUACCUGCACCUACAAAGCCAGCAUUUUCUACAGAGAGGCAUGCGGUCACCAGUAGUAUGGUUGAAAAGGAACCACAAAUUUUAUCUGUAAAUGAUCUGACCAUUUCUGAUUGUGAUGGACGUUAA